GCUGAACGGGCGUGAACCAUUUCCACCGGCCCCGUAGGGGAGGCCGGAGGGGCUACCACAGAGGGAGGGCGGAAGUGGCCCUUCCCUUUCCUGGAGGCAUGUCCCUCGGCUGUUCCUGCGGCGUGGGUUUCCAUUUUGUCACUGGUGCUGGCUGGAGCUUUGGGUCCUGCUUCCGCGGCGGUCGCUGCUGGCUGGUCCCCCCGCGGCGGCGUUGGCGCCGUCCGGCUGGUCACGUGGCCGGGAACAUGGCGGCCUCCAGGGCGCGCUGCGAGCGUCGCGGCUGUUGAAGCCUCCGCGGGUGGUGCGCUCGGGUCCGGCGAUUCGGAGCCCGGCCGGCGUGGUAGCGGCGGAGCACGGUUCUGCUCUCUGGGCAUCCAGGCUCAGUCCCCGGGGCGCAGAGGACCAGGCCCUUGCUGGAGGCAUCAUGGUGACAGAGCAAGAGGUCGAGGCCAUCGGGCAGGUGCUGGUGGACCCCAAGCAGCCUCUGCAGGCCCGCUUCCGGGCGCUUUUCACCCUGCGGGGGCUUGGUGGCCCCAGGGCCAUCGCCUGGAUCAGCCGGGCCUUCGAUGACGACUCCGCCCUGCUCAAGCACGAGCUGGCCUACUGCCUGGGCCAGAUGCAGGACUCCCGCGCCAUCCCGGUGCUCACGGGUGUGCUGCGCGACACCCGCCAGGAGCCCAUGGUGCGCCACGAGGCAGGGGAGGCCCUGGGCGCCAUUGGGAACCUGCAGGUCCUGGAGCUCCUGAGGCAGUACUGCAGCGACCCCACGGUGGAGGUGGCUGAGACGUGCCAGCUGGCCGUGCGCCGCCUAGAGUGGCUGCAGCAGCACCCUGGGCAGCCGACAGUGGCCGGGCCUUACCUCUCGGUGGACCCGGCCCCCCCAGCUGAGGAGCGCGACGUGGGGCAGCUGCGGGAGGCACUGCUGGACGAGACCCUGCCGCUGUUUGACCGGUACCGCGCCAUGUUCGCCUUGCGCAACGCCGGGGGCCAGGAGGCGGCCCUGGCGCUAGCCGAGGGCCUGCGCUGCGGCAGCGCCCUCUUCCGCCACGAGGUGGGCUACGUGCUGGGCCAGCUGCAGCACGAGGCGGCCGUGCCCCAGCUGGCCGCCACCCUGGCCCGCCCCGCCGAGAGCCCCAUGGUGCGCCACGAGUGUGCGGAGGCCCUGGGCGCCAUUGCCCGGCCCUCCUGCCUGGCCGCGCUGCACGCCCACAUGGCCGACCCCGAGCGCGUGGUGCGGGAGAGUUGCCUGGUGGCCCUGGACAUGUACGAGCAGGAGCGCGGGCCCUUCCAGCAGGACCGCCCGGAGCAGCCACGCCCACUGCCCUAGCGCCCAGCCCCACCCCGCCCUGCCCCUGCUGACCUGCCAGGGCCCCUUGUCCCAACAGGACUGCGGUGUCUGACUCCCCUUGGCCCUGUUCCUGCGGAGCCGCCCCCGACUCCCUCGGUGGGAGCUGUGGGCUCCUGGCCGGCGUGAGGGGGGGGGACCUGGGUGGCUCAGGCUGCACUAGCAGUGAMGGUGGGGUCCAGGGCCCUUGACCUCGGCCAUGUGGCGUGGGAGGUGGUCCUAGGUGGGGCGCGGGCUCCUGGGUGCUGCCACGUGGAAGAGUAAAUCAUUUUGG